AGCAGAUCACCAGACCUUUCUUCUGUGGCACUGCUGGGUGGGUUCCAGCCGCCAACCUAGGUUAGCAGUCAAGUGCAGACUGUUUGCGCUACUCGGGGACUUCCUCAAGGUGUGCCUGGUAUGUCAUCGGCAUUGGGAGUUUUUAUCACAGAGGUGAAUCCUGACGACACCAGUUUGUCAGUCUGUAAAUGGAAGACCGCGGCGCUCCAUAAACCAAGUAAAGGAAAUCUCAUCUUGUGGCGUCUUACUGCAUGCUGCGCUUGUGCUGAGCGCCAGAGGCAGGGUGUUGACUUUAAAAUCAAAACUAUAGAGCUAAGAGGAAAGAAAAUUAGAUUACAGAUCUGGGACACGGCAGGCCAGGAGAGAUUCAACAGCAUUACCUCAGCUUAUUACAGAAGUGCCAAGGGGAUCAUAUUAGUGUAUGACAUCACCAAGAAAGAGACGUUUGAUGAUUUACCAAAAUGGAUGAAGAUGAUUGAUAAGUAUGCUUCAGAAGAUGCAGAACUUCUCUUAGUUGGAAAUAAGCUGGACUGUGACACUGACAGAGAAAUCACCAGACAGCAAGGUGAAAAGUUUGCCCAGCAGAUAACUGGGAUGCGGUUCUGUGAAGCAAGCGCCAAGGAUAAUUUCAAUGUGGAUGAAAUAUUUCUGAAACUUGUUGAUGACAUUCUGAAAAAGAUGCCUCUGGAUAUUUUAAGGAACGAGUUGUCCAACAGUAUCCUCUCGUUACAACCAGAACCUGAGAUCCCACCAGAACUGCCUCCACCAAGACCACAUGUCCGAUGCUGUUGAUUCGCUACUUGGGAGACACAGUGGAAGUGAUCCCUGGGAAGGGGAAAAAUGUUCGGUUCUGCACUACAAUCAUUUUGACAAUUUCUUUUCGCACUUUGUAAUCCAAGUCAGAGCUAUACAGUAACUUGUAAAUAUGCAAAUAUGCAAUCCUGGGUAAGGUUUGGUUAUAAUUACAUAUUUCCCUCCAAAUUACUCUAUUUAAUUCAUUGUCCCAGUGUCUGGUGUACAUGUGCUGGGAAACGUAGUACUUCUAAUAUGAAGAGUGGGAAAGAUGAAAGGUAUCAUGUUUCUUGAAAUAAAUAAUAUAAUUGUCCUUGUUAAUUAUAUUAUGAGGACAGAAGAUACUCUGCUAAGAAGAGAAAAUGUGGUGCUUUGCUUACUGUUUUAAAGAAAAUGUGUAAAACUAAAGACUUUUUGAAAAAAGCUAUCUGAAGUGCUUUUUCUUUAUUUACAAGACAUUUUCCCCACAGCUGUAGCAUCUUGGAAGUAUUGGAGUAUUUCUGCACAAAGCGAACUCCCCUAAAGCCGUCAUUGGCUGCUUAUUAGUGUUCUGUAUGGUAGGCUGUUACAUUUAGAGGUCCCCGGCCACAGAGCCACCAUCAUGGUUUCCUAACGACAUACCCUGUACUUUUAAGAACUAUAAAGAUUCAGUAAAGAAAGAAGUGUUUUUGAAACUAUAGAAGAUUUUAAAACCACGCUGCUGUCCUAAACAAAUCCUGUUUAAAGGAAUUUUAAAGAGAUACAUUUUACUAUAUCAAAGAACAUAGAUGUAUUUGCCUAAACAUUCUGUCCCUUUGUAAUGAUAAAACUCUUCUCCCUAUGGUGGAGCUUAUUAUUAAUAAUGCCUAGACUGUGUUCCUUCUUUUUUUUUUUUUUUGGUCUGAUAAUGAAUUUGUGAACUCUUAUCUUUGGUAUAUCUUUUAAACUUCACUGUUUCGUUUAGUCAAAGUAAAUAAGCAAUUAUGUAUUUGAAUAACUUGGUGUGUCUUGAAUGUUGUGGUAUUGAAAAGCAUUGUGGUCUUUCUACACUAAUGAAGUGCAAAUAAAAUUUUGUAUUUAUGAAUGACA